UAGCGGUGCCGGAUCCUGACGGCGGCCUUUCCCGGGGUCUGUCUGCCAAAAUGUCUGAGAGAUCAGAUCUCCUUCACUUCAAGUUUGAAAAUUAUGGAGAUUCAAUGUUACAAAAAAUGAACAAAUUAAGAGAAGAGAAUAAAUUUUGUGAUGUUACAGUUCUCAUAGAUGAUGUUGAGGUUCAGGGGCAUAAAAUUGUGUUUGCUGCAGGUUCCCCCUUCUUAAGAGACCAGUUUUUACUGAAUGAUUCCCGAGAGGUGAAAAUCUCCAUAUUACAGAGUUCCGACGUGGGGAGACAGUUGCUCUUGUCCUGUUAUAGUGGUGUGCUGGAAUUCCCUGAGAUGGAACUGGUAAAUUACUUGACUGCUGCGAGCUUUCUCCAGAUGAGCCACAUUGUAGAACGGUGCACGCAGGCCCUGUGGAAGUUCAUAAAGCCCAAACCACCAAGGACUAGUAAAGAGGGCGGUGAACAGCAGAGCGCUUCUCCCCAGUCAAAAGAGCAGCAGGGAGAUGCCAGAGGCUCCCCAAAGCAGGACCCACCUUGUGUUCAUCCAUCUGAAGACAGUAUGGAUAUGGAGGACAGUGAUAUUCAGAUUGUUAAGGUAGAAUCUAUUGGGGAUGUAUCAGAGGUUAGAAGUAAAAAAGACCAAAACCAAUUUAUUUCUUCUGAACCCACUGCUUUACAUUCAUCAGAGCCCCAGCAUUCCCUGAUAAAUUCAACUGUGGAAAACAGAGUGAGUGAAAUAGAGCAAAACCAUCUUCACAAUUAUGCGCUCUCUUAUGCAGGCAGUGAUAACAUCAUCAUGGCCUCAAAAGAUGUCUUUGGGCCCAAUAUUCGAGGUGUAGACAAAGGCCUCCAGUGGCAUCACCAGUGUCCAAAGUGUACCAGGGUGUUUCGUCACCUGGAGAACUACGCCAACCAUUUAAAAAUGCACAAACUCUUUAUGUGUCUACUCUGCGGCAAGACUUUCACCCAGAAGGGCAACCUUCAUCGACACAUGCGUGUACAUGCCGGCAUUAAACCUUUCCAGUGUAAGAUCUGUGGGAAAACCUUUUCUCAGAAGUGUUCCUUACAAGACCAUCUUAACCUUCACAGUGGAGAUAAGCCCCAUAAGUGUAACUAUUGUGACAUGGUUUUUGCACAUAAGCCAGUUUUGAGGAAACACCUUAAACAACUGCAUGGCAAAAACAGCUUUGAUAAUGCCAAUGAAAGAAAUGUGCAAGAUCUCACAGUGGACUUUGAUUCGUUUGCAUGUACAACAGUCACAGAUGCUAAAGGGUGUCAGCCACAGCCUGAUGCAACACAGGUCCUGGAUGCAGGUAAACUGGCCCAAGCUGUCCUGAACCUAAGAAAUGAUAGUACUUGUGUAAAUUGAAUAGAGGCUUCAUGCUCUCAAGAAUUGACUGAGAAUGGGGCAAUAGGCUUGAGUCUUUGUAGGAGUGACUUCAAUAGUUUGACUUCUUCAAAGCUCUGUUCAGGUUGUGGGGAGCUAAAUUAAGGCACUAAUCAACCAGGCAGCUUACCACAUGGAGUGGUCUUGCCUUCCAUUUGCCCGCUCCCAUUUUCUAUUGAUUAUUUAUCCUGUGAUGUGUUUUCCUUUCCCUAGUAUUCCAUUUGUCUACCUAACAAUGACUUGUAUUUCAGACUGACAGUAUUUUAGGCUUUUCACUUGGAACAUUCUGAAGGUGCCAACAAAUUCAUAGCAGUAGCUCCUCUCCAGUGAUCGAGGGCAUGCUAAAAGAAGUGAAUAAUGUUUUUCUUUGGCAGACAGUAGUCUGAUGUAUAAGUUGGUACUGCUAUUGAUCUGAAAUGAUUAUGUGAGAGAACUUAUGGUUGCCUAUUCAUAAUUCAUUUGUCUGAUCAAUGAAUGAAUGUGCUUCCCACUAUUUGUACUUGCUUUAGAGUUGGUUGUAAAGUGGUAUUUUGAUUUGUCCUGUACUCUUUUCAACAGUAUUAUGACCCCAACCUAAUGUCUUUGUUCAUGUAAACCAUUUUUUCAACCACAAUUGCAGACAACUAGUUAAGGAUCAUCACAAGGAGCAUAAUCAGCAAAGCAGAGAAUUACAAUUAAUGCAAAACAGCACUGAAGUGGGGGGAUGCAAAACAGCACUGAAGUGGGGGGUAUUCCUAGUAGUCCGUCCCACCAAGAGGCCAGAUAUUUUAAAUUCAUAUGUAAUUUACUUGUUGAUGCUUUGGAAGUCAGGAUUGCUCCAGGUGUACUUAAAAUGUACUGAUGUAUAAUGGUCUCUCUAAAAAGGGCCUAUUUAGGAGUAUCUGAAUUUUGUUUCAAGGAGCCCUGGUGGUACAAUGGUGAAGUGUUCAGCUGCUAAU